GUUAUAAGUUGAUAAGUUGAAGCAAUUUAGAGAUCACUUAUGAUUAAAUGAAUUACUAAACUCUAAAAACGAAUAUCCAUAAAGAUAAUAUUCGUAGUCACAUUAAUAAAUUAUACUAUGACUAAUUUUAAUUCUGCAUACAUUAGUAGUGUUCUUGCAACAGACAUGUCAUUUCCUACUAAAGAAGAGCGUUCACAGUGUUGGAGUGCAAGAGAUAGGUAUUGGUUGUGUUUGGAUGAAUAUAAGAUAGAUAAUCCAGCAAAAGAUGGUCCGUGUACAGAAUUUAGAAAAAUUUACGAAAAUUCUUGUUCGGCCCAGUGGGUAAAACAUUUCGAUCGAAGAAGAAACUAUUUGAAGUUUAAGGAUAAAAUUGAAAAAGAAGGGUAUGAGCCUUUGGAUCAACGAGCGAAUGUUAAAUAGAAAUAAAAUUCCCAGCAGUCCCAAAAUUGAAAAAUCCCAGUGGAUUAAACGACGCGUUUACCACGAUAUUGCGUGUUUAUUUUAAU